GCGUCGGCGUCGUUGCAGUUGCUCGCUCUUCAGGUUGCUGCAAGCGACGCCGUUUGCCGGGCUUCCCUCCUGCUUCCGAGAUUAAGGUGAUGGGGGUGUUUCAAGGAAAGUGUACCGUCUGCUUUCUGGGUGUUUCCGGCUUGCUUCUGUCUAAGACGGAUCCAGCGCUUGCUCCUGUCAGGUUUCCCUAACACGCCGAGUGGCAUGAAACGGGCCGCCCUGCAGAAUUGUAAAUCAAACGAUAAUUUCAAAUUGCGUAAUUUCUGUGGACCUGGACAGAAGGAAACUUUGAAGCUCUUUAGAUGGCUGUGUGCAUUGGAGUCAACACCUAAGGGCUGAGUGAGGAAGAGUCUUCAGACAGCUGUUGCAGAGGAUGCCUAAGCUGGCGAAACUCCUUUGGAACUGUAUCCCAGGGGAAAUUCUGGCCCACAUAUUUUCCUUCUUGCCUGCCAGAGACAGAUACAACGUUGUGCGUGUGUGUGAGCACUGGGCCGCAGAAGUGCAUUCCAGUUGUGUCUGGGAUUUUACAGAAAUCAGUUUUGACACAGAGGAUGAGGAUGACGAGUGCCUGUUGCAGUGGCUACAGCCGUUCCUAGGCCUCAUCAGACACCUGCAGUUGGUGGUUGACCAGUCCCUGGACCUGAACCGGAGACAAGCCACAGGCAUCUUGGACAUGUUGGCCUGUCAGAGCUGCAGGUUGCAGGGGCUCUGUAUUGUAUGCCUGGGAAUAAGCCCCUAUUUCUAUUCCGGCCAAGAUGUCCUGCAUAGCAUCCGGAGUAUCUGCCAGAGCAGGAAUGGGAUUGAUCUCCAGUAUAUUGACUUCCGGCAAAUGCCUUUCACUAUGGACAACGGGACUGUUCAGAUGAUUGCAUCCAGCAGCCCAAACCUGCACGCCUUGUUCAUCAACAACCAAGCGCCUGGUCCAAUGAUUGUCAAGCCAGAGACAAUCACUGAUGUUCUGAGGACCUGCCCUAAGUUAUCUGCCUUGGGGGUCUGCUAUGCCAGUUUAUCCGAGAAGAUGUUUCGGGAACUGCUGAAACCAAACAGAGGGCCGUUCCGGUUUCUGGACCUUUUCUAUGAAGGGCUGGACGUCAACAUUCCUAAAGAGCUUUGGGCUAUGAAUGGUUCCAGCUUCCAUGUUUUUGAUCAGAGUCGGUUUGCGAAGGAGGUGCUGCCUAAGUAUUUCAAACACAACAAUAUGGCCAGCUUUGUGCGACAACUGAACAUGUAUGGCUUUAGGAAAGUGGUGAACAUUGAACAAGGCGGGCUUGUCAAGCCUGAACGCGAUGACACUGAGUUCCAGCACCUUUAUUUCCUACAAGGCCAUGAACACCUCCUUGAGCACAUCAAAAGGAAGGUGUCCAUUGUGAAAAGUGAAGAAACCAAGAUGCGCCAAGAAGACCUUAGCAGAUUACUGUACGAGAUCCAGAUCCUCCGGGGUCAGCAAGAGACAAUGGAGUGUCAGGUGCAGGACAUGAAGCAGCAGAAUGAAGUUUUGUGGAGGGAAGUUGUGUGUCUCAGGCAGAAUCACUCACAGCAUGAGAAAGUGAUCAACAAGCUGAUUCAGUUUCUCUUCGGCCAGCUCCAAUCCAGCCCCAGCAAUGCUGGAAUAAAGAGAAAGCUACCUCUCAUGCUGGAUGAUGGCAACUCUGCUCCACAAAUGACUAAGUUCAGGAAGCAUUUGUCUUUGGAUCCCAUUCAUGACUCCUAUUUCAUCCAGUCGCCAUCUGCAGAACCUGCUUCAUGCUUAAACAGCCCUGCUGUCCCAGGAGGGCCAAUAAUAUCAGAUGUUACUGAAGUGUCGCCAUCUAAUGCUGUGGUCAUGCAGCCUGCUUCCAACAGGGAGAGGGAAACCUGCCUCCUGCUGGUCAAGGAAGAACCCAUUAGCCCUGAGCAGAAAGCCGCAUCCACAGAUCCUGCUGUCCCCUUGAUUGGCUGUAAUGUCUGCUCAGACCCUCCUGUGUUGCCUGUUGCCAUGGUUCAGUCUGUGCUAGACGGCAGAGGGAGCUGCGAUGUGCCACAGCCAGCAAGUUUGCAGACACUUGACAGAAGAGGCAGAAGGGCACCUCUAGACAGAGUAGAAAUCUCUGAUCCUUUAGAUGGUGCUGAUUUGAAUCUGGAAGGCCUUCAAAUCCUUCUUAGAAACCAGCAGUAUAAUCUCGAAGCUGCCACUACUUUGGAUGCUUUCAACCCCACUAUAUCUGCAAGUGAAUGGAAUUUGAAUGAUGUGGAGGCCAAUUUGUCCUCGUUUGUGUUUUUGCAUCAGGACACAGAUGCCAACUGUGGAUCUGGAGAAGAAUGCAAAUAAGAGGUCCUCCCGAGUGUUAAAUCCCCAAAUUAAUGCCUCUUGCUCAGGUACUGCUCAUAGCUAACCUUCCACACAGAGAAGUGACAGUCUACCAUGCAGAGGCUGAUUUUGCUGGCAGAAGCAUCCCUAAUUAGGAGCUCUUUGCAAGCAAUUCAGCAAGUUGUGACAUUUCAAAGAGAAUGAACUUUUUGCUUUUUCAUUUGGCCUCCUGUGCUACUUUCUACCUCCUGUGC